AUGACCCCGGAGAUCGCCUAUUCUCUCUUGUGCUCGCUGCCGGAGGCGAACAAAAGGAAUAUAAUUAUGAUCAUUAGGCUUUUAGGCAAGAUCACCGAGAACGUUGAUAAGACGAAAAUGACCCCGUCAAACCUGGCUACCGUACUCUACAUGUCAUUUUAUCGACGCAGCGACGCUGGUGACAUUCAACCAGCAAACCCCGAGGUUGCCAACAUCGUUACUUAUGUGUCUGAGCACUGUACGGCGAUCCUUAAAGGCGACAGUAAGUUCAUUCUUUAA